CCCAGAUGAACCUAUCGGGUCCCUUCCCUUCCCAAACGCACCCUCACCCACAUAGUUCCGCCAACUUCCCCAGAAUCGUUAAGGCAGCUUGGCAGUAACACUGGCUCGGCGCUGGUGUCCAGAAAGAGGUGUUGCAAUCUUUUUACAAACUGAAGGCAAGAGCCUCCACCAGCAGAAAGAUUGCAACUUGCUCUGUUGCAAAAUUGCUGUGCUCUGAAACCAGCAUUAUCUCUUGGUCCUUUGCAGGUCAUUAAUUUCCCAUCACUUCAGUUGCACGUGAGUGCAACAGCAAUGAGAUCCAGUCAGAAGGAGUUUGAAAAUGCAGUGAAUCAGGUAAAACUGUUGAAGAAGGAUCCAGGAAAUGAAGUGAAGCUAAAACUCUAUGCACUGUAUAAGCAGGCCACUGAGGGACCUUGUAAUAUGCCCAAACCAGGUGUGUUUGACUUUAUCAAUAAGGCUAAAUGGGAUGCAUGGAAUGCUCUUGGCAAUAUGCCCAAGGAAACUGCCAGGCAGAGCUAUGUGGAUUUGGUGUCCAGUUUGAGUUCUUCCUCUACGUCCUCUAGCCAAGUGAAGCCUGGAGCAGACAGGAAACAGCAGGAAUAUGAAAACCUGGUGGUGACCUCUGAGGACGGCAUCACAAAGAUCAUGUUGAACCGGCCCACCAAAAAGAAUGCAAUCAACACUCAGACGUAUCAAGAAAUCAUUCUUGCACUUAAAGCUGCAAGCAAGGAUAACUCAGUCCUAACUGUUUUAACAGGAAAUGGUGACUAUUACUGUAGUGGGAAUGAUCUCACUGACUUCGCUGGCAAAAUAGAGGAGAAAGUUAAAAAUAAUCUUGAUAUGGUGAGGAUUUUUGUAAACAGUUUUAUAGAUUUUCCUAAGCCACUGAUUGCAGUGGUAAACGGUCCAGCUGUGGGAAUCGCCGUCACCAUCCUUGGGCUAUUUGAUGCUGUGUAUGCCUCUGACAGGGCAACAUUUCAUACUCCUUUUAGUCACCUAGGCCUAAGUCCAGAAGGAUGCUCCUCUUAUACUUUUCCGAAGAUAAUGGGCCCAGCCAAGGCAAUAGAGAUGCUUGUUUUUGGAAAGAAGUUAACAGCAGAAGAAGCAUGUGCUCAAGGACUUGUUACUGAAGUUUUUCCUGAUAGUACUUUUCAGAAAGAAGUUUGGGCCAGGCUGAAAGCAUAUUCAGAGCUUCCCGCAAAUUCCAUGAGAAUUUCAAAACAGGUCAUCAGAAAUAUGGAGAAAGAAAAGCUAUAUGCUGUUAAUGCUGAAGAAUGUAGUGUCCUCCAAGAAAGAUUGUUGUCCGACGAAUGCAUAAAUGCAGCCGUGAACUUCUUAUCCAGAAAAGCAAAACUGUGAUGACUACUAGAGGAAAGUUAAAUGUUUCAAAGGAAUGGAUGUGCUAUGAUUUCUGAUUUCUAAUAUUUCAAAUAAAUGAACUUCACUGUG